UCCGGGUUACCAGUACGGAACUUCCUGUGCGGCGCAAGAGCUGGUUUGGGUUUCAAAUCACUGUAGGCUGAUAAGACACGGCUUUGCUCCAACAGGUUUAAUAAAGCCGAAAAGCAACCGUUUUAUAGUGGGGGGUACAAAUCUUAAGCAGUUGUUGUCUAACAGCGGGAGAGUCGGUCGAGUUUUAAUGUUUAUAUGCCGAGAUCCCCGGUAGCCCUCCGACCUGUGUCGUUUCGCUAGCGAGAGGACAUCUUGUGGUGACCGUUUCGCUACGCUUAUCCCUAAAAUAGCCGCAAUACCGGUUCAUCCCGGUGCUGAAAUCAGGAGGCUGCAUAUGAUCAGUUGGUGAACUCUGUCACACUUUCUCCCCUAGGUCUUACUCCGACACCUCUGGAAGCGGCCUGCAGAGCCACUGAGGAAUGCCAUUGAUGGAUCACUGUGGGCCGGACACGAGGGACUACAGGGCCCGCCCAGGAAAGUUUUCACACUGGAGAGAGGCCAAGGGCAACGGCCUGGCUCACAGCAGCCGAUCCUUCCACUCUGACAGGGGCAGACUCGCGCUGAUGAAUCAUCGGAGUGCUCCUCCAGGCCCUUACCACAGGUCUGCUGCCCAGUGGAGACCUCCACAGCUGGGGUCGUUUCACGGGCAUCUGCCCCAGCCGCGACACCAUUCCCCAGAGCCCUACCAAGGCCCCAGGAGGGACUUUUCCCCAAGGCCGGCGCAUGCACACCCCGCCCCACGCAGGCUGUCCCCUUCCGGGGCAGCGCAUGGAGCCCCAGCCCUCAGGAGACCUUCCCCCAGAGCAGCCUUCCAAGGAUCUCAAGGCAGCCGGAGACCUGCUUCUCCAAGGCACUUCCACGGACACCCCUACGAAAGAAGACCCGGGUUGCCCCCUGUUCCCCGUGGGAGGGCUCUCUCCCGUGAGCAAGAUGGCGACGGGUGGCCCCGAGGAGUGGAGCACCACAGGGGCCGCUACCAGGGUGUAGCCCCUGGAGCAGGCAGGAGUCCCAGCCCCAGGGGUGGCCGGGAGGGGCCUAGAGCAAGAUCUUUCGAUCGCUACGCACAGGGAGAGGGAUGGAGCGGGGAGGAAGACUUCCCCUACAAUCACUCCGGAGGACGGAGGUAUUCUGCAGAUUUCAGAAAGCACGGCGAGGUAAUGGAAGGCAGAAACGUGGAGUGGGAUGACGGAGCACGCCCGUACAGGUCCCCAAAAUGGAAAGCGGGCCACUCUCCGCCUAGGUGCCACACGGCGAGGGCCGCAGACCCAAGAAGGGAGGGACAUCGACCGCUCAAAAGGCGGCAUCACGAAAGAUCUUCCUCCUCUUCAGCAGCAGCAAGCGAGCACAGUCCCCAGCGCCAGAGAAGGGAGACGCCAGAGCCCUGUAAGAAGUCAAGGAGCUGUGGAAGUAGGGAGGAAGAAAGCAGGUCGGUCCCCUCGCAGAAUAAAGAGAAGAUCCAGCUCAAGGGGAGGAAGAGCAGCAGGCUGGCAGAUGCCAGUCAGAAGGCUUCACCAGAGGAGCCCGUGGCUGGAGAGAAGGUGUUCAAGAAGCUUGACAAGGCUCUCGGGAAAGAUGCCACCUCCAGGCUUUCCGUCGCCAAGCAGAAGACGACAAGCGAGCUGGGAAGCGAUGCCGAUUCCUUGAAAAUGCAGCGCAGGAAGACCCUCAAAGUGAAUAGUCAGAAUAAACAGCCUUACAAGCAUCCCGAAAAUUCUACAUCGGAUGAAGACUUAAUGGGAACGGAGACUCUAACAAUCAAGGUGGACACAAGACAUUCGUUGACCAAAAGCAGCUCCUCUUCCCACUCAGACAGACAGCUCUCCCGGGAUUUGGUUGCUAUCUCCAGUGGAGGCUUGGAGUCCCCCGCUGGGGUAAAGUCUGGGUCCUGGGGAAGAAACGCCUCUAAGAAUCAAACAGAGAGCUAUAUCAGGCAUGAGAAUAUAACUUUAAACGAGCGGUUCACCAAGCUUCAGGACGCAAAGGCAACAGGUCAGGGUGAAAGGAGACAUUAUACUGGACUGAAGAUUCAAAGGCAAAUUGAGCUCCUGCCGGAGAUUCAUAAAAAGCUGAGACUGGUGAAAACCAUUGGAUCAACUCAGCAGAGCACUUUCAGCUCGGAUGACUACAAUCAGAAGCCCUCUCCCUUCGUGAAGAAACCUCUUGUGGACAACCCUGGACAUGUGCGACACCUGAUGCCUAAACUGCCGUUGCGCCCAUCUGUGCAGCAGAAUCCUGUGUUCAAGAAGAGCCUUGGCAUCCAGUCCAAGUACAGGAACCUGCAGAGUUUGCGCCAGCAGGGAGCCCACAUCCGAAGCUCAGGAUACCGCAGGUGGUGAGGGCUCUUGGGGCUAUCCAGAAAGAAGCCUGCACAUCAGCAUGAGGGAACAUCUCUGUCAUGCAUCUAGGAGUUCAUUGCGCUGGGUAACAUUAAUAAAGAGACACUGCAUUGUCCUGGUGCCCUAGAGAUGUCAGAAAGUGCCAUAUGCAGAAGAAUGGUGAGAAAUGGAGGCACAGACGGUGUUCUUAAUGGAGUACCUUUCACUGUGCACUACUGCUCUUCCGUUUAACUGCAGGAUUUCCCUACAUCAUAAACUGGUGGAGCCUCUGAUCCUAUCGGGAUUUCCUGUUUGUUAAGUUGUUUAAAAAGUGAGAGUUGCGUGCAUAUUAUCUUAAUCAUGUUGGCCUUUUAUCAUCCUGUCUUUUUUUGUAUUAAUUUUAUGUUAUUAAAAAUGAAUGACUGUU